CAUAAACUGUUCCUCCCUUCUCAUGGCAGCCUCUUAGCUCCGUCUGGGUGUAAUGACAUGACCUGUACAUAACAAACGUUAUGCGGGGAGAAAGUCUCAGGAAAGUACUGGGCGAGUGGCAAGUCAGCUAACAGACUUUGUGUUCAAUGGACAGAGGCAGCGAAGACGACGCGCCUCCCGAUGAAGAUUGUGGAUGCCAUGCAGCCAGCACGGAAGACGGAGAGGUGGAGGUUACACCUGCAUGCAGCCUUUCAGGUGGAGUUGCAGAAAUUUUGGCCCACGGAAUCUGGGGACUUUUGAAUCAGGAAGAGGAGAGGAUGACUGGUCCCACUAUGUUUGGAGAGCAGGGAGAUGUUGUUGAUCCUCCCUCUGUGUCUCCCAUCAGCCUUAUGGAUACCUGUGCUCCCUCCAUAUCCACCCUUCCCUCCUGCUCAUACUCCUCCAGCCGUCACACCGACUUUUCCUCCUCCUCUUCUUCUCCCUUGUCCUUGUCUCCACCCUUGCCUCCUUCCGUGGAGCUUUCAGCUGUGUUGACUGAUACAAGAUUGACCCUGGAUGUGUACCGGGGAGGUGCAGCUGCAUUGCCCCUCCUUUGGGAGUCCAUCCCGGGGCAGCUGAAGGGCCUUCAGUACCUGAGGCUGGGCUCUGAGGAAAAAGCAGGGCUGGAUGGUGCACUGGAUGUCCUGUCCCAUCUGACAAAGCUACGAUCACUGGCUAUUCGGGGACACUGUUUACAUGACUCAAGAGGUGACCCCCUGCCUGGCCUCCUCACCACCUUACCAGCAUCUAUUUCCUCACUUUCCCAUCUGGUGCACCUGGAUCUCUCCUUCAACCAGCUCUCCUGUUUGCCAUCCUGUCUGCUUAGCCUUCCCAUGUUGUCCUCGUUGCUCCUCUGUCACAACCACCUCUCGGCUUUGCCCGCUGAUAUAAGCCAGCUUUCCUCCCUCACCUACCUCUCCCUCCUGGGGAAUGAGCUGGUGUCUCUCCCCCCAGGUCUGGGUCAACUGAAAGCACUACAGACUCUGGAUGUGUCAAAUAACCUCCUACAGGAGCUACCUGACGAAAUUGGUUCACUGGAGGAGCUUGUUAAGCUGGAAUUGUCCCAGAACAAGCUAAAGCAGCUACCAGAGAGCAUGGGCUCUCUCCUUUCACUCAGGGAACUUGUCAUCUACAGCAAUGACCUCCGUCUGAUCCCACUCUGUCUGAACAAACUGCCUCUGCUUAAAAUAGACGUCCGUGACAAUCCCCUGGGACGACCUCCAACACCUCCUCCUCUCUCUCCUACACCUGAUGAAGCAGAAACAAAACUCCCAGAACUGCACAUUGGGUUUAAUCAGCACAGUUUCUGCAUUUCGUCUGCCGGGUGUCAUGUGUUCCUCCCAGGGGGGGCUGAGCUGGUGUUCCCCCCAGGAUGCAUAGUGACAGCCACAAAACUGGCCUGGGCCGAGAAGAGGCCACAGCGAAAGUGGGUACAGCUGGAGGAGCAUGAGAUCCUUCUUAGUCGUCCGCUGGAACUUCGUCCUCAUGGAGUCACAUUUUUAAAGCCUGUGGAGGUAUGUGUGCCAUAUCACCGGACAAAAAGAAAGGAGGUGGUGGUGCGGACGUUUGAUGGACAGUCAUGGAGUACUUUGCCCACUGAGCUAAGGAGAGGAAGUGAGAGCCAUAGCAGUCGCCCUGGGGGACGUCCAGCCAGGCUGGCGUGCUGCUCAGUGAACCACUUUUCCUGGUUUAUGGCAGUGUCUUGCCCAGUAAAGGACAGCUGCUCUGUCACACCAGCCGGAGGCUUACUGGUAUCAAGUGCUGAUCCUGGAGUAAAGCUUCACUUUCCUCCGGAUUCCACAGUGGAGACUCGCACUAUCACUUUACAGGUGUUGCAGGUGUCUAUGUCAGACGUGCAGACGCUGUGCGGUGAUCCUCAGGCCAGAGUCAGCCCCCUACUUUGUCUCUCCCAGACUCCCAGCAUGCAUUUUCUACAGCCAAUCAAAGUUCAGAUUCCCCUGCCAUCUGGUGUCACCGGCCAUACAGUUGAUAUGUCCUGUUUGCAUCUGCUCCAUGGAGAUCCCACUGCCCAAACCUGGACUGACAUCACAGCACAAGUCUCUCUCUAUGUGACCCAUUUAUAUGCCAUUUUCUACAUUACACAUUUCUCCUGGUACUGGCUCUGGUAUACUACACAGCGCUGCGUCAGUGGGGUGGUCAGGAAGAUCUACCAGAGGCUAAAACAGUUCAAAGUCCAGUUCCUGGUCCUCCAGAGGAAGACUGAUCCUUCACAGGUUCUGCUGCAGUGCUUACCUUCUAACAAGGUAGAGAGCAGAAUGCAGUCUUUGUCAGAACAAUAUGAUGGACCCCAGCCUUCAGACCUGUGUGACCUGCUGGAAGGAGAGCAGUUCUUUGCUGGCUUUGAAAGAGGCUUAGAAAUCAGCACAGAUAGACCAGACUGUGUGGGGGGAAGACUGUGUUUCGAGUUUUACUCCAGCCUCAAGAAUCUGAAGGAAGUGUAUAUCUGUUCAGCACAGGGUCAGAAGGGACCAGUGAGGGGGCAGGUGUCCUUUUAUAGAGGGGAGAUUCCCAGAAACCUGCCAGAGGAAGUAGCCAGAAAGAGGAAAGGACUCGACAGCCAGUGGCUUACAACUUUACCUUUAAGACUUCCUGCUCUAAACUCAGAGAACACUUUCAUCAUGGAGGAGGUCGAGUAUCCUCCUCUGAACCUGGGUGACCCUGAGAGUGGCUACCUGACAGAAGCCAACCUGCUGUCCAUCUCUCUUCAGAUAGCACAAGACUGGCGUGUUAUUGGCCUCAAUCUGGGCUUGAGCUACCAAGAACUGGACCGCAUCCAGUACAAGAACAGGGACAAUCUGGGUGCCUUGGUCCUGGACAUGCUGUUUCACUGGGCCCGGGCGCAGAAGAACGAAACACCCGGGGCAGUAUCUCGGCUGGUGGCUGCUAUGAUCGAGAGCGGCAGGCGAGACCUAGCCGAAGAGAUAGAGGACAUUGUCAACAUAGGAAAGAAAAAGUACACAGAGUCCUUGAGGAGAGUAGGUCUGGAAGCAGAGAGCUCCUCUCUGGGUGAAAAACAGCAGUAGAUGAGCCCAUGCUGGACACAGAUGGCUGACUUACACUUGAGUGACCUGCUUGUUUACAGUGGGCCUCCACUAUCUUGUUCUGCUGUCAUCAACUGCAGAAGUGCACAAUCAUGACGACCGGCUAGGUGCAGGUGGCACCUUUCAUAAGAGGAACAACAGAGGAACAGGUGAAAUGGAUUUACUGUGUAAUGGCCUAUGCCUUGUUUUUAACAACCCGACCCCCCAAGUAUCUAAGCAUCUAAAGCAGGGAUGUUGAACUCAUUGUACAUGAUGGGCCAUGUACAAUCGACUUUGAUCUUCAUUUAAGUAAUUUAAUUAUUUAAUUUAUUUUAUUAAAGAAUCUAUUACCUUGGUGUAAUAUGAAGGAACAUGUGUUAGGAAUAGUAGGAAGAGAUGCUGAAAACAUAAUAAAAUGCUGUUAAAAGUCAUAAUUUUAUGACCUCCUUAACAUUUUCCAAAGCUGUCCAGCGGGUUGGAUUGGAGUCUUUGCUGGGCAGAUUUUGGCCCCUAGGCCUUAUGUUUGACAGUCCUGAUCAAAAUCAUCUUAAACUUUUGACUCCGUAUCUCAAAUCUUUAACUUUUUAUAUAUUUGUUUUCUUUAGCACUUUAUAAAUUUGUCUCAUUCAUUAAAAAAAAACCAUCUCAUUAUUUCAAACCAUAAUUUCACUAUAACUUUGUUUGAUUCUGAAUCAUGUUUUUGAUUCAGAAUCAAAUUAUAAUAACAAACUAUAAUUAUUUUUUAAAUAUACCAAUGACUGCAUCUAUUAAUGUUGUUUUUUAAUUUCUGGUACCUGUUCAGACAGCAAACAGCUCUGAGACCUGUGAGAGCAUGUUACAGGACUACACUAAAACUGCAAACAUAAGCCAUUUUUACAGCUGAUUACAUUUCCUCCUUGUGUGCCUUUGGUCACUGAGUAAUCAGUUUAGCUGCAGCACAAUCUCAGUAUGAUAUGAGGACGUUAGAUCUUUGUAAUGUAUGAAUGUACACU